AUGGGGCGCGUCGGGAAGCUUACGUGUCUGGCUGUGACCUGCGUCGUAGCACUUGCAACGUUUUAUGUCUCAAAGGAGGCAUUUACAGUGCUUGCUCCAAGAAGCUCACCUCCAACAUGGGGACCGACGGUUUAUCCAGAUGCAGAGAAGCUUCAGAGUAGAGGCAAUCCUUUCGCGAGCGGUGCUGCUGCAGUGUUCCUUGGCACGAUCGCGGUACGUGCAGCGCAGCAAAACGCAAAAGAGGGCAGCACGGCAUGUGCCGCCGACAUCUCUGGCGGAAGCCUCGAGCUCUUCUCGCCGGCCAAAGUCAACCUGUUCCUGCGAAUCAUCAGGCGACGACCAGAUGGCUAUCACGAUCUUGCGUCACUUUUUCAUACUGUGGCCUUCGGCGACAAGCUGGUGCUAGAGGUUUUGCCAGAGGAUGCAGAACAGGAUCAGCUGGAGUGCAACUUGCCAGGAGUGCCAACAGAUGAUUCCAAUCUGGUAAUCCGUGCGCUGAAGCUGUUUCGCGAAAAGAGUGGAGUUCAACGCUAUUUCAGUGUGAAGCUGGAGAAGGAGAUCCCGGCGCAGGCUGGAAUGGGCGGCGGCAGCAGCAAUGCUGCUGCCGCCUUCUUUGGGGCCAACAAGCUGUGUGGUUCUCCUGCCACCCCUCAGGAUUUGAUAGAUUGGACCGACGACCCUGUGAUCGGCUCUGACGCUACCUUCUUUCUCUCGGAAGGCACAGCUUACUGCACAGGAAGAGGUGAGAUUAUAACGCCUGUGGAACAACUCCCGAUUAAAGAUGGCUUGAGUGUCUACUUGGUCAAACCCAACUGGGGUCUGUCUACGGGGAAGGUUUUUCAGGCCAUGGACCUCUCAGCGCUGAGCACGGCCGAUCCUGAGGAGCUUCUUCAGACCUUCAAAGAUAAGGGUACCUCACACAGCUCCUGGGUGAAUGACUUGGAGAAGCCUGCCUUCAAGGUGUCGCCAGAACUUUGCGAGCUAAAGGACUUUCUGGCUGGGGAAUGGGAUUUCGAGGCCGUUCUGAUGUCAGGGUCGGGAAGCACCAUCUUCUGUUUGGGCGAUCCAAAGGGUGGUGCUGAAGCCUUCGAGGCAGCAACCAAGAAGGACUUUGACAUUGAAGGCAUUUGGCGAACAGAGUUCAUGCGUCGGGCCAGUCCGACAGAAUGGUAUACAAAGGCUUCCAGUUGA